AUGGCCGAGAAGUCAGAUUUCCCAGAUCUCGCAACAGUCGCUUCAGCAGACCACAUCGAGGACGAGAAAAAGGCACACACAGCUCAUGAUGGCGGUCACAUUGAGGGAAACGCUCUUCUCGUUAACAGACAGGGCGAGAUUCGAAAGAUUCCCGUGCCGUCGUCGGAUCCUAAUGAUCCUUUAAAUUUUAAGCCGUGGGAGAAAUAUGGCCUUGUCUUUUGCUGCUGUUGGUUCUCUGUUAUGGGACUCUCAGUCGCUUCAGGGCUGGGAGCUAUCUUGAAUGUCUUCUUUGAGAUGUAUAUUCCCAAGGGGUUUAGUUCGGAUCAGGUUGUGUUGCUUAUUACACUGCCGACCUUGUUCAUUGGACUUGGAAACUACAUCAUCCUCCCUUUGUCGCUUGCUUAUGGCCGUCGACCCAUCUUCCUCAUCUCCGUGGUCGUUCUUCUCGCCGCCAGCAUCGCAGCAGCUACUCAAAACAGCUACUAUGGCCAUCUCGUCUCACGCAUUCUUCAGGGUAUCGCAACAGGUGCUUCAGAGUCUCUUCUUCCCCUGAUGCUCACAGAAGUAACAUUCCUCCACGAACGAGCCUUCAUCUUUGGACUCUACUGGAUGGUUCAAAACGCUAUUUCAUCCUCUCUCAACUUAGCAUCUUCAUACAUCAACGCUGAUCUCGGUUGGAGGUGGUACUAUUGGGUAUUUACCAUCACAGUGGGAGUCGGUUUGAUCAUUGCUUUCUUGCUUGGCUUUGAGACUCAGUUUACUCGUCCAGCUUCCUCGCUCGAUGGUCAGCUUGUCAUCACUGAUGAGUUUGGAGUCACAAAGGUCAUUCCUGAUUCUGAAGCUCAGGCUUAUCUGGAGGAGAUGUCGAGAUCGGGAUUGACAGCGCCUAAUGCUGGAAACCCUGCUCAGGAUAUUGAGCGCAAGGCAUAUGUUGAGCGCCUCCGACCUUGGUCUACGCCAUCUUCUCAACCAUUGCGUGUCAUCCUGCUAAGCUGGAAGUACAUGCUCGCCUCGUUCUCCUCACCUGGUAUCUUAUACGCCGUCCUCACAUCCUCAAUCGCUCUGGGCUGUGGUGUUGGUAUGUCCUUGACAUACAACCAAGUCCUCAUGCAGUACUAUCACUGGGAAGCUAAGGACAUUGGUUUGAUCAACGUUGGCGGAGUCGUUGGAGCUGUUCUGGGCAUGCUCUACUGCACAUUCCUUGCCAAUCCCUUCGUUCUCUGGAUGGCUCGUCGAAACCGAGGUAUUCACCAGCCUGAGCACCACCUCAUCACCAUGGCUCCUCCAGCUGUUGUCGGCGUGGGUAUGCUUCUCCUCUAUGGCUUCACUGCCGGUGGUGGUGCAACUUGGUGGGGACCUUACCUCGGCUGGACCAUCUUCCAGUAUUCAUUCACAGCAGUCAUCAUCAUCUCGACAACUUUUGCUUCUGAGGCAGCUCCCAAGCAUCCUGGUCCUGCGCUCGUCACUGUCGUCGGUACCAAGAACAUCAUCUCUUUCGGUGUUACCUAUGGAUUGACUCCUAUGAUUGAGGAGCACGGGUAUAAAUGGGCUUUUGGCGUCUUGGCUGGAUUAUUUGGUGGUAUCUUCUUGCUGGGUAUCCCUGUCUGUAUCUGGAACCCCAAGUGGCGUGCUUAUGUUGCUGAAAGGGAGGCUCGAAAGGGUACCACGACCUCUGACUGA